AUGUUAUUGGGUCUUGGCAUGCUGGCAGCUAACGGCAAGUUAUUUUCCCCCUUCUCCUGUCCCGCGUGCGGCAUUCUGAGCGGCCGACACUGCAGCGUGCGGUACAAUGAGGUCCCAAGCCGGGGCGUGCUCGCCACCAUCGCCUCUGACGAUAAAUCUUUCGAGUGUCACAUCACGCUCUCUAAGGUGAAGGAAGUCAAGUUCGCAAAGUCCAAGGCGAAAUCGGGGGAGUACGACAUUUAUGCGACACGCUUCCUGGGUCCUGACGGGAAGGUGCUCAUGUCAUGCCUUCUACACGGCAACCAGGGUGUGUACGACCCUUCGGCUGUGGCGGCAUGGACAAGCCUAGCGACCAAGUACGGCGAGACUGUUACAUUUUGA